AUGAAGUUUGAGGAUCUCUUUGUGGAAAUUGGUGGCUUUGGCAGAUUCCAAAUUUUUAUUUUGUUUACCCUCUGCCUCCCAAGAAUCAACCUUCCCAUGCAUUUCCUGCUGCACAAUUUUCUUGCUGCUACUCCUUCUCAUCACUGUGCAAUUCCACACCAAGAGGCAUUUGUGAACCUCACAACGGAAGAAGUUCUACUCAUCAGCAUCCCCCAGGAGCCUGAUGGUACUUUCAAGUCCUGUGAGAUGUUCUCCCAACCUCAGUUUCACCUGCUGCUCAAUUCCUCUCUGCAACCAGAAAACAACUCCAUCAUCCAGCACUGCCAGCACGGAUGGGUCUAUGACCACUCGCAGUUCACCUCCACCAUCUCCACUCAGUGGGACCUUGUGUGCGAGCAGCGUGGACUGAACCAGGCAACCGCAACCUUCUUCUUCAUCGGCGUGACAAUGGGGGCCGUGGUGUUUGGAUACCUUUCAGACAGGUUUGGACGGAAAUCCAUGCUCCUGCUGUCACUGGUGUGCUCUGUCAUAUUGGGGAUGCUGAGCGCCGCCUCCGUCUCCUACAGCAUGCUGGUCAUAACGAGGACCCUCACUGGAGUGGCCCUGAGCGGUGUCUCCCUUAUUGUAUUGCCUUUGGGGAUGGAGUGGGUGGAUAUCCAGCAUCGUACCUUCUCUGGGAUCCUGUUGAGCAUCUUCUGGAGUGUUGGGAACAUGCUGCUGGCUCUGGCUGCAUACUUGGUACGAGAAUGGCACUGGCUGUUAGUAGCCGUAACAGGACCUUGCCUUCUGAGCAUUGUCUGCCUGUGGUGGGUCCCAGAGUCUGCCCGGUGGCUCAUAGCCAAUGGCAAAGUGAAACAAGCUCACAGGAACCUGAUUAAAUGUGCAAGAAUGAACGGAAAGAAAGACUUUGCUGUCUCGCUAGAGGCCCUCAGAAAGAUGACAACAGACAAAAAGCCAGGAGAGAGUUACUCCUACAUCAGCUUGUUCAGGACACCAAUCCUGCGGAAGAUCUCUCUGUGCUCUGGGGUUGUGUGGUUUGGUGUUGCCUUCUCUUAUUACGGCAUGAGCCUGAACCUAACUGGCUUUGGACUCAACAUGUACGUCUCCCAGUUUGUCUUUGGCAUCAUUGAGAUUCCAGCCAAGAUGAUUAUGUAUGUGCUGGUGAAUCGAAUUGGACGGCGGCAGAGUCAGUCCUGGACACUCAUCCUCACUGGACUAUGCAUAGGAGCCAACACCAUCAUUCCCAAGUCCUUCACCUCCCUGCGCUCUGUAGUGGCCAUUCUGGGCAAAGGUUUCUCAGAAGCUGCAUUCACCACCAUCUACCUGUACACCUCUGAGCUCUACCCCACUGUACUGAGGCAGAACGGGAUGGGAUACACCUCCUUCAUGGCACGCCUCGGCGGGGCUCUGGCCCCACUCGUGUUUCUGCUGGAUGAGGUGUGGAGGUCUCUGCCCGAGGUGACGUACUGCACCACAGCAGUGUGCAGCGGCUUAGUGGCCUUCCUGCUCCCCGAGACGCUCAACGUGCGCCUGCCUGAGGGCAUCGAGGACGUGGAGAAGGCACAGUCUUUUUCUUCCAGAUAUAAGGGGCCACCACAAACCAAUGCUCCUGAAGGCAUGCCACUACAGUCUCUGCUGAAGUGA